AUGAGCGCUUGUGGUGGUCGAGUUCAGCUGGCCAACCCGAAGGCGCUAGUCCAAUUUCAAUGGGGAAUGCGCCUGGUGCGUAGGAGCUUGUGGGACAAGGUCAAGAACAACAUAAACGACCAGACCCAUGGGCUGUGGAGGACAUAUGUCUGGUAUUUGACCCAUUUCGCCUACAAGAAGGCGGCCACCCUCGACGAUCUCGCCCGAGGCUUCGGUGUUGUUCCGGGAGCCAUGCAGGAGACCAUCAAGGCGUACAACGACGCACUCGCAAACAAGCAGCCCGGCCCGUCCACCAUGUCCGCCGUCCAGGAUCGCAGGAACGAAUGCUCCCACGUCUCCACAGUUACCGCCUCUGGCGAGAUUGAAGUGCGCAAGCAAGUCAUCGAGGACCUGACAGCUGCGAGGCCUCAGGAAUGA